AUGUGGCACAACUUGUUAAUAAAACUGGCACAAUCUUCAUUCAAUAUAAACAUUACUAUUCUUUUAUUCUUUACCUAUAACAUCCCAUUACAAUUUUUCCAUGAGGAUGGACAAGGGAACGCUAUGAACGAAGAUGGUCGUGAGCCUGUUUUAUCCGAAGUAGAUCUGGAAGCACUUCCUUUGGAUACUAUUACAAAUUUUGAUAUACAUUCUGAUUUGAAACCUCCAGAGAAGGAUGUGAAGCAAAAAGCUCCAGAUGUAGUCGACAAGAGAGGUUCAGCAGGAAAGACUGAGCGUCGGAUUAUAAGAAAACAUGGUGAUGAUAUCAGGGCAUUAUCUUUCUUCCAUGUGUAUGAGAAAGGCUUAAGCAUUUCAAAAGCUGCGAAAACAGUUGGUAUUCCACCCAAAACAGCUGACAAUUGGUACAAAGCAGACCAGGCUGAGAUAGAAAAGAGAUUCAAAACAGAUCAGGACAAUCCAAAUUAUAAAAGUAACGAGGCAAUUGAGGAUAAAGAAGCAAAGCCUGGAAGAAAAAAAAAAGAUCUUAGGAUCAGAUCAUAA